GGGGCGUGAACAAAAGCGUCGAUUGGACGCACGGAAAGCGAAGCAAUUGGUGCAGAGUGGUCAAAGCCAAAGAAGGCAAAUGACCGAUGCUGAAGCAGAGUCCCUUUUUUUGGCCAUCGACCAAGGAGAAGUCCAACAGUUUGGCAUCAGUCGAUUGGCAUCGUUGGAGUUGAACGACCUCCAUCGAGCACCGUGGUGUUUCGGAGGCUCCUCGUUGUGCACGACUCUGUUGGACUUUGCAGCAUGGCGUGGUCGUGACAGUUUCGUUUGUGCCUUGAUGACAGCUGGGGCAGAUCCCUCUCAGGGAGAAGUUGAUAUGUCGGUUUGGGAGAAACUCCCACGGGCUUAUGCAGCAUGGUUGGCCAGAGCAGCUGUUCGCCUACGAAAACAUGUGCCAGAAGAUGCCACAUGUGUUUGUGGGAAGAAAGCACUUGCGUUCUUUUCACCUUGCAGUCAUGUUUGUUGUGCUAGUUGCCCGUGGCGCCAGUUUCAAAAUUUCAACUUUGGUCGGUUGCCGGAACUGAUUUGCCCACGAUGUAAUCUGACCUUCGAAGAUCAUACCAUGGAAUUCCUGGCGCAACGUCGCGGCAUCAUCCGCUGUGACCGGGCACCUCCCUGGAUAUCUCAAUCGAACUGUCAAAGUUGUCACAGUUGCGGUUGCGUGAACGCUGCCCAAGCUACCCAGUGCAUCAACUGUGGAUGGACACCUUCAGAGCCACGAGUCGGAUGGAAAAUCGGAUGGAAGUCCUGGAAGUUCUGGAAGUUCUCGUGUUUCGAUUGGUUGAGACCGUCGAGACCUGGUCACCUUGCGACGUGCUUUGCACCGUUGAGACCGUCGUGGGAUCCGUGGCUCCGGCAACGGAAGGUGCAGAGUCUGGAGCGUUGGAAAGAACUUCCAGAGGAUUUGGAGGAGCAAGACCUGCCGGCUAAACAGAAGGGCAAACGUGCCGGCGCGUUUCGAGCAUUGAGCCCACAUGAGGUGGCCUGGGAGAAGCUGGGCUUAAGCCGUGCCACACGCUUGGAGCGCUUGCGCGUGGCCGCCGAAGUGGGCGACGCGCGGCGCUUAUCGGCACUGCUGGAGGCUGGUGUCGACGUGGACGCCGUCAACGAAUAUGGCCAAAGUCCGCUUUUCUUGGCUGCGGUGGAAGGUCAUUUGGAAGCCAUCCAGGUGCUCCUGUCCUGGGGUGCAGAUGCCUCACUCCCGUGCCACGGUGGCGUCACUGCCUAUGAUGCGAGCGCUGCAAGCACUGCCAACUCUUCGUCUCGCAGAGCCGUGUGUCGGCUGCUGAAGAACUGGAAGUCCUGGAAGACUUGGAAGUGGAGCUGCUGUGGAAGUGUUGAUGGUGCUUGUGUUUUUCCUUUGCGUCAAGGGUCGCCUGUGGCACUACCACUCCCAAGCGAGCAGAAGGCUCUGGGUGCCUGCUACGUCGAUGGUGCCUUCCAUGAGUCCUUCCUAAAAUGGCUUGAGGAUCUGUGGACAACUCUGCCCCAAGCACCUUUUUCGGAGGCCGAUGCGCCGGAGGAUCGCCGGGCAAAAGGGCGGGGCACAGAUCGCAGCCGCUUGGCAACUGCACCACGGCGCAGUUACUUUUUUGAUGCCUUGAAGAUCAUUUCUCAGCAACUCUUUGGAGCUUUGGCACUUUGCAGGACAUCGUGCACCUGCGUCGAAGCAAUGCCUCAGAUGCGCUUUCUACAUUAUGAGAAAGAUGGAUUUCUGGCACCCCAUACCGAUCUUUCAAGACGUGAUUGGCGCACUGGAAGGCGUACAACACAUACCUUCAUUCUGUAUCUCAAAGACCCUGCUAGGGAUAUAGCAGAUGGUGCGCAUGGUGGCGGUGAGACCGUUUUGCUGGAGAGUUUGAAAGGAGAUGAUUUGGCCAAAGUCACUCCUAUUCGUGGAAGACUUUUCGUCUUCCCCCACGACUGUCCGCACAAGGCAUUACCAGUGGAGCAAACAAAGCUUUUGCUACGGGGCGAGAUGCGUUGAAAAGAUGAAAA